AACUGAUCGUACUAGAACAAAAUGUUGUUCUUGGCACAGAUCACAUGUCUUAUAUGUACAUCCUUUUUACUACUACAAACAAUAAAUGCACACCCAGAUGAUGAUCCAGAACUUAAUAUGAAUACGAGUCAAAUCAUUGAACGAUGGGGAUAUAAAGCAGAAGUUCAUACAGUCACUACGGAAGAUGGAUAUAUUCUUCAAAUGCAGAGAAUUCCUUAUGGAAAAACGAGUGUUACAUGGCCAAAUGGGAAAAGACCAGUUAUUUUACUGCAGCACGGGUUGCUAGCAUGUGCCAGUGAUUGGGUUGAUAAUUUACCAACUCAGAGUGCAGCUUUCGUUUUUGCUGACGCUGGUUUCGAUGUUUGGCUUGGAAACGUUCGUGGAACUACAUAUGGACGUAAAAACACUAAACUUGAUCCAUCGGAAACUGCUUUCUGGCAGUUCAGUUGGGAUGAAAUGGCACAGUAUGAUGUUCCAGCAAUGGUUGAUCAUGUGUUGGCAAUGACUGGACAAGAGAAUCUGUACUAUAUGGGACAUUCACAGGGAACUUUAAUAAUGUUCACCCACCUUGCAAAGGAUACAGACGGUAGCUUUGCAAAGAAGAUCAAGAGAUAUUUUGCAUUGGCACCGAUUGGUGCUGUGAAGAAUAUCAAGGGGUUCUUGUCCUAUUUUGCGCACAAGUUCUCUCCCGAAUUUGAUGGUUGGUACGAGCUGUUCGGUUCCAAAGACUUCCUUCCUGACAAUUGGAUUACAAAAAUGGCAGCAAAAGACAUUUGUGGAGCAUCAGAAAAAGAGGCUGAACUCUGUGAUAAUGAACUCUUUCUAAUUGGUGGACCAGAGAGUGAUCAGUGGAAUGCAUCGAGAACUGCAAUUUACAGUUCACAGGAUCCAGCAGGAACUUCUACUCAAAAUAUUGUACACUGGAUGCAGAUGGUUCGCAAUGGAAGAGUUCCAGCAUUUGAUUGGGGAAAGAAAAUAAAUAAGAAGAAGUACGGACAAGAUACACCACCAGAAUAUGAUUUCGGAGCCAUCAAGGGCACCAAAAUUCAUUUGUAUUGGAGUGACGAUGAUUGGCUUGGAGAUCCAACAGAUAUUCAUGAUUUCCUUUUGAAGGAACUGAAUCCGGCUGUAAUUGCUGAAAAUGUCAAUUUGAAAGAAUACAAUCACUUGGAUUUCACAUGGGGACUCAAUGCAACAUUCCAAAUCUACGAUAAAGCAAUCAAAACUUGCACAGAUGAUUAUCUCGGAAAAUUAUAAAAUAAAUAAAUAUUAUACUU